GUGUUUGCCUUUGAUCACUGCUUCUGGUCCAUGGAUGAAUCAAACACCACAAAAUAUGCAGGUCAAGAAGUGGUGUUCAAGUGCCUUGGAGAAGGAAUUCUUGAAAAGGCCUUUCAGGGAUAUAAUGCUUGUAUUUUUGCCUAUGGACAGACAGGUUCAGGAAAAUCCUUUUCGAUGAUGGGAAAUGCAGAGCAGCUGGGUCUGAUCCCACGGCUCUGUUGUGCUUUAUUUCAGAGAAUCUCUGUGGAGGAAAAUGAAUCUCAUACUUUUAAAGUUGAGGUGUCCUAUAUGGAAAUCUACAAUGAGAAAGUCAGAGAUCUGCUUGACCCAAAAGGGAGUCGACAGUCCCUUAAGGUUCGAGAGCACAAAGUGUUGGGACCAUAUGUAGAUGGCCUGUCUCAGCUGGCUGUUACAAACUUUGAGGAUAUUGAGUCACUGAUGUCGGAGGGAAACAAGUCACGAACAGUUGCUGCAACCAACAUGAAUGAAGAAAGCAGCCGCUCUCAUGCUGUAUUUAACAUUAUAGUGACUCAGACACUUUAUGACCUGCAUUCUGGUAAUUCUGGAGAGAAGGUCAGCAAGGUCAGCCUGGUGGAUUUGGCUGGAAGCGAGAGAGUGUCCAAAACGGGAGCUGCAGGAGAACGCCUGAAGGAAGGCAGCAACAUAAACAAGUCGCUUUCAACGCUGGGCUUGGUUAUAUCAUCACUUGCUGACCAAGCAGCAGGGAAGGGGAAAAACAAGUUUGUGCCUUACAGAGACUCUGUACUCACUUGGCUUCUCAAGGACAACUUGGGAGGAAACAGCCAAACUGCUAUGAUAGCCACAAUUAGUCCAGCAGCAGACAACUAUGAAGAAACACUCUCUACUCUGAGAUACGCAGACAGAGCCAAAAGGAUAGUUAAUCAUGCAGUGGUGAAUGAAGAUCCAAAUGCUAGGGUCAUCAGAGAAUUGCGUGAAGAAGUUGAAAAACUGAAAGAGCAGCUCUCACAAGCUGAGGCUAUGAAGGCACCAGAACUGAAGGAAAAAUUGGAAGAAUCUGAAAAACUAAUAAAAGAGCUAACAGUUACCUGGGAAGAAAAGCUAAGGAAAACUGAAGAAAUUGCGCAGGAGAGGCAGAGACAGUUAGAGAGCAUGGGAAUUUCUCUUGAGUCCUCUGGUAUCAAGGUUGGGGAUGACAAGUGUUACCUGGUGAACCUGAAUGCAGACCCUGCACUCAAUGAGCUUUUGGUUUACUAUUUAAAGGAUCACACAAGAGUUGGUGCAGAUACCUCUCAGGAUAUACAGCUCUUUGGUAUAGGAAUCCAACCAGAACACUGUGAGAUUGAUAUUGCUUUAGAUGGGGAAGUUACUCUCACACCAAAAGAAAAUGCAAGAUCCUGUGUAAAUGGUGCACUGGUAUGUUCUGUCACUCAGUUAUGGCAUGGAGAUAGAAUAUUAUGGGGAAACAACCACUUUUUUAGGAUCAAUUUACCAAAGAGGAAACGACGAGAUUGGCUGAAAGACCUUGAGAAAGAAACCUCGUUAGGAGAACAUGAUCUGGAUGCAGCUAGUGAAGCUUCUUCGGAACCAGACUACAACUACGAGUUUGCACAAAUGGAAGUUAUUAUGAAGACACUGAAUAGUAACGAUCCAGUACAAAACAUGGUCCAGAUCUUGGAGAAACAGUACUUGGAAGAGAAGCGGAGUGCUCUUGAGGAGCAGCGGCUGAUGUACGAACGUGAGUUAGAGCUGUUGCGACAGCAGCUCUCUCCAGAAAGGCAGCAUCAGCACGGCAGCGACAGACUCUCCUACACCGCUCAGACUGCACAGCAGAAAGUAAAUCUCUGGACAGAAGAGAGGGAUGAAUUGUUUCGACAGAGCCUGGCUAAACUUCGAGAGCAGAUAGUAAAGGCAAAUACACUGGUGAGAGAAGCAAACUUCUUAGCAGAAGAAAUGAGUAAGCUAACAGAUUAUCAAGUAACACUUCAGAUCCCUGCUGAAAACCUCAGUGCCAACAAAAAGAGGGGUGCAAUGGUAAGUGAGCCUGCUAUUCAAGUGAGAAGAAAAGGAAAAGGUACUCAAGUGUGGACUAUUGAGAAACUAGAGAACAAAUUGAUUGACAUGAGAGACCUCUAUCAAGAGUGGAAGGAGAAAAUUCCUGAGAUAAGGAAGCUCAUUGGCAAAAGAGGCGAUCCUUUUUACGAAGCUCAAGAGAAUCACAACUUAAUCGGCGUCGCCAACGUGUUUUUGGAGUGCCUUUUCUACGACGUAAAGCUGCAGUAUGCUGUGCCCAUCAUCAGCCAGCAGGGAGAGGUUGCAGGACGGUUGCAUGUUGAAGUAAUGCGAGUCACUGGGUCUGUCCCAGAACGUGCAGUUGAAGGAGAUGACUCAUCUGAGAACUCCAGUGAGAGUGGGAGCCUGGAAGUCAUGGAUAACAAUGGAGAAAUCAUUCACAGAGCGAAAAAGCUCUCCUGCAGGGUAAAAAUAAAAGAAGCAACCGGACUGCCACCUAAUCUCUCCAACUUUGUCUUUUGUCAAUAUACGUUUUGGGAUCAAUGCGAGUCAACAGUAGCAGCACCAGUGGUAGAUCCAGAUGUGCCUUCACCUCAGAGCAAGGAUGCUCAUUUUACAGUGACAUUCUCUCACUGUAAGGACUAUGUAGUGAAUGUCACAGAGGAGUUUUUGGAGUUCAUUUCAGAAGGAGCUCUUGCUAUUGAGGUGUGGGGUCACAGAUGCACGGGCAAUGGCAGUUCUGUUUGGGAAGUUGAUUCUCUUCAUGCUAAAACUAGGACACUGAGAGACAGGUGGAAUGAAGUAACUCGAAGAAUAGAAAUGUGGAUUUCCAUACAAGAAUUGAAUGAGAUGGGAGAAUAUACUGCAGUUGAACUCCAUCAGGCAAAAGAUGUAAACACAGGGGGGAUUUUCCAGCUUAGGCAGGGUCAUUCUCGCAGAGUUCAGGUGACAGUGAAACCUGUACAACAUUCAGGAACGCUGCCUCUCAUGGUAGAAGCAAUUCUUUCAGUCUCUGUAGGUGGUGUGACUGCCAGAUCAACCAAACUGCAAAGGGGCUUGGACAGCUACCAGAAGGAGGAGGAUGAUGGUGGUGAUAUGGAUAGUUACCAGGAAGAAGAUUUAAACUGUGUACGAGAAAGGUGGUCUGAUGCAUUGAUAAAACGCAGAGAAUACUUGGAUGAGCAGAUUCAAAAGAUCAGCAAUAAACGAGAAAAAUCUGAAGAUGAUAUAGAACGAGAAGCCCGGCUGGUUGAGCAGUGGGUAGGGCUGACAGAAGAGAGGAAUGCAGUGUUUGUUCCAGCACCAGGCAGUGGAAUUCCCGGUGCCCCCGCAAAUUGGAUUCCACCUGCAGGAAUGGAAACACAUAUACCCGUCCUCUUCCUUGAUUUGAAUGCUGAUGACCUCAGUGCCAAUGAACAACUUAUAGGUCCCCAUGCAUCAGGAGUUAACUCCAUACUACCAAAGGAGCAUGGGAGUCCAUUCUUUUAUCUGCCGAUCAUAAAACACAGUGACGAUGAG